AAGCACUCUGUGAUAGACUGUUAGCAAUGUUUAGUUGUUUCCAUAUAUUAUUAUAUUAUUUAUUUAUAUAGUUUAUUUUAUAAUAUUAUAUAAUAUUAUUUAUUUAUAUUUUAUAUUUAUUAUAUCCCCUAAUAAAUUUCCCCACCCUAUUUCUGUGUCAUGUUUGGCUUUGUUAUAAAUCACUCGCAGUGUCAAUAGUACCGUGCAGUGUAAAGGCCGGGGCUGCUCCAGGCGCUGCCGCACAGAUGGCUCAAGGCCUGGCAGGAAGCACCGGCCCUGCUCAUGGGGAAGGCUCCUGUGCUGCACGAGGCACACACCGCCGCUGCUCCUACCUGAGUGAUAGCACAACCAGAUGGGAGUGCAACGCCUGUGCUGGAGAGGGCACCGCCUCCAGCACCAGCUCAGGUCUUGCUGGCCUCAGCACCACCAGCCAGCAGGGACUGCAGCCAUCUCAAAGCUCUCUGACACCAGAGAGCAGCAGCUCCAGCACCACCAGCCAGGCACCAUCGGAGCCAGCUAACCAGUCCUGUGUGCCUGAGAGCAGCGGCCUGUCCAUCCAGCGCAGGACGGACCGCAGGAGAGGCAUGCCACAUCUACAGAGGGAUGAAAACACCUUUAAUGAGUCCAGAAGACACCGUAGAAGAAUCCAUAAUGCUGCCCCAAUUGCUGAGAGCAGCACCUCAGACUCUGCCAGCCAGGGGACAUCUCGGUCCUCGAGGCGCUGCCCUGCACUGGAAUACAACCUCAGGUGCAGGCAGGGACAGCGGGCCCGGACAAGAAGCCGCUCUCCGUUGCGGCACCGGGCCCCAGAAUCUCCGAGCCGGCCCCAGAGACACCUUGGGAGCAGGCAGACACCAAGCCCAGGUGCUCAGAGCUGCAGCUACACCACACCGGCAGCACCGGGGUCCUCCAGGGCUUCCAGAACAGCCGACGGAAGCCCAUCCAGACAUCCAGCGCGGGCCCGGACUCGAAGCCGCUCGCCUCUCCAUCGUCGGGCUGCGGAGACCGACAGCCAGCCCCGAAGACGCCGCAGGAGCCGGUCCAGGCGGCGAGGGCCAGCCCAGGGCCGGAGCCGCUCCCGGGUACCACGUCGGGCCCGGCACAUCACCAGCCGGCCCUACUGAUG